AGGAGAAGAGCACGUUAGCUACUGCCCUCCAGCCCCCUUCAGUGUUGUUUUCGUAAAGGAUUUAAACACUGGCGAGGGCGGUGGCUUCCAAAGGCGCACAGGCGUCCCUUUUCCAACUUGGUCUUCUCAUUCUCCCUUCCUGCUCCAUAACUACAACGUGUUUCUGUUUGUAAUCAUCUUGGCUUGUCCUUAUCUCUUCUUGUAAGAAAAAUCCUUUGCGCCAUUCCCCUCCAAGCUCCAGAAAAAAGCCUGGAAAACGCUCCCACCUCAGCCCCAGUGUCGCUCAGCGGUCAAGGAGCGAGCGACGUAGGAAACCCUGAGAUAAGACCCUGGCCCCGCGCUGGGGCCGGGUAACGGUGCGGGGGCACGGAGCGCGGCCGGCCUGGGAGGGCGGCGGCCCCUUUAAGAGCAGGCCACGCCCCCUCCCUCCUUCUGUUCGCGGCCAGCGGUCGGUGGCGGCCGCUACGGUGCUGACAAGAUGGCGGCUGGCGGAGCUGUCGCUGCGGCGCCCGAGUGCCGGCUUCUCUCCUACGCGCUACACAAGUGGAGCUCCUUUUCCUCCACCUACCUUCCCGAGAACAUUUUAGUGGAUAAACCAAAUGACCAAUCUUCAAGAUGGUCUUCAGAAAGCAACUAUCCUCCCCAGUACUUGAUUCUAAAGCUGGAAAGGCCUGCUAUAGUUCAGAAUAUCACAUUUGGAAAAUAUGAGAAAACUCAUGUUUGCAAUUUGAAAAAAUUUAAAGUCUUUGGUGGAAUGAAUGAAGAAAAUAUGACAGAGCUGUUGUCCAGUGGCUUAAAGAAUGAUUAUAACAAAGAAACAUUCACCUUGAAGCAUAAAAUCGAUGAACAGAUGUUUCCUUGUCGAUUCAUUAAAAUAGUUCCACUCUUGUCCUGGGGACCCAGCUUUAACUUUAGCAUCUGGUAUGUUGAACUUAGUGGCAUUGAUGAUCCUGAUGUAGUACAACCCUGUCUCAACUGGUAUAGCAAGUACCGUGAACAGGAAGCUAUUCGCCUUUGCCUAAAACACUUUAGACAACACAACUAUACAGAAGCUUUUGAGUCACUACAAAAGAAAACCAAGAUUGCCCUGGAACAUCCCAUGUUAACAGAUAUUCAUGACAAGCUGGUGUUGAAGGGCGAUUUUGAUGCUUGCGAAGAGUUGAUUGAAAAAGCUGUAAAUGAUGGCUUGUUCAAUCAAUAUAUCAGUCAACAGGAAUAUAAGCCGCGAUGGAGUCAAAUCAUUCCCAAAAGUACCAAAGAAACUAUUAUUUCUACUAAAGGUGAUGGAGAAGAUAACCGACCAGGAAUGAGAGGAGGCCAUCAGAUGGUUAUUGAUGUUCAAACAGAGACCGUUUAUUUGUUUGGUGGCUGGGAUGGAACACAAGAUCUUGCUGACUUCUGGGCGUACAGUGUGAAGGAGAACCAGUGGACAUGUAUCUCUAGAGACACUGAAAAAGAGAAUGGUCCUAGUGCCAGAUCAUGUCAUAAAAUGUGCAUUGACAUUCAAAGGAGGCAAAUCUACACAUUGGGGCGUUAUUUGGAUUCCUCUGUGAGGAACAGCAAAUCUCUGAAAAGUGAUUUCUAUCGUUAUGACAUUGAUACAAACACUUGGAUGUUACUAAGUGAGGAUACUGCUGCUGAUGGAGGGCCGAAAUUGGUGUUUGAUCAUCAGAUGUGUAUGGACUCAGAAAAACAUAUGAUCUACACUUUCGGUGGUAGAAUUUUGACUUGUAACGGCAGCGUAGAUGACAGCAGAGCCAGUGAACCACAAUUCAGUGGCUUAUUUGCUUUCAACUGUCAAUGUCAAACCUGGAAACUUCUUCGAGAGGACUCCUGUAAUGCUGGGCCUGAGGACAUCCAGUCUCGAAUAGGACACUGCAUGCUAUUCCACUCAAAAAAUCGUUGCUUAUAUGUAUUUGGUGGCCAGCGAUCAAAGACCUAUUUGAAUGAUUUCUUUAGUUAUGAUGUGGACUCUGAUCAUGUAGACAUAAUAUCAGAUGGCACCAAGAAAGACUCUGGGAUGGUUCCAAUGACAGGAUUUACACAGAGAGCAACUAUUGAUCCAGAACUGAAUGAAAUACAUGUCUUAUCUGGACUCAGCAAAGAUAAGGAAAAGAGGGAAGAGAAUGUUAGAAAUUCAUUCUGGAUUUAUGACAUUGUGAGAAAUAGUUGGUCUUGUGUCUAUAAGAAUGAUCAAGCUGCAAAGGAUAAUCCAACUAAAAGUCUUCAGGAAGAAGAACCAUGUCCAAGGUUUGCCCAUCAGCUUGUAUACGAUGAGCUACACAAGGUUCAUUAUUUAUUUGGUGGGAAUCCAGGAAAAUCUUGCUCUCCAAAGAUGAGAUUAGAUGACUUCUGGUCACUGAAGUUGUGUAGACCUUCAAAAGAUUAUUUACUGAGGCAUUGCAAGUACCUCAUAAGAAAACACAGGUUUGAAGAAAAGGCCCAGAUGGAUCCCCUUAGUGCUCUGAAAUAUUUACAAAAUGAUCUUUAUAUAACUGUGGAUCAUUCAGACCCAGAAGAAACAAAAGAGUUUCAGCUCCUGGCAUCAGCUCUAUUCAAAUCUGGUUCAGAUUUUACAGCCCUAGGCUUUUCUGAUGUGGAUCACACCUAUGCUCAAAGAACUCAGCUCUUUGACACCUUAGUAAAUUUCUUUCCUGACAGCAUGACUCCUCCUAAAGGCAACCUGGUAGACCUCAUUACACUGUAACUGAAGAGUCACUGGACACAGAAAUGGAAAACAGGAGUCGAUUUUCCAUCUUUCGGAUUGCAGCUCCAUUGACUGACACUAAAGCUGCAGUGAUUGAGGACUGCACCAGAGUUCUGAAGGGAUCUUAACCAUCACAGGUUUUUACCCUUUUCCUUCAUACCUGACCUCAACCCCUCUCUUCAUCCUAUUCCUAAAUUAGGCUAAUAAAGUGAAAUUGUUAUACUUUCCAGUUAAAUAUAUAUAUUUUUUCUUAUGUUAUCUUUUAAGAAUUAAUGAGUAUAAAAGGAAAAUUAGGCAGUUUACCCUUUUCAGAAUUUUCUUUCUUUUUUUAAUUGGGGGAAAUAAGCACUAUUAACAGAUUCAGCACUACAAGUAUUUUGAACGUUGUUGCUGUUGGUCAUUUGGCCUGCCUUCUCAUCCCUUCCCACUUCACUUCACUUCCCGUCACACAACUUCGUAUAAGUGGUGUCACUUGUUUACCUCUUUACUUUAUUCUUAACAAGUGUAUAGUUCUCUAGGACAGUUGAUGUAUGUUAAGGUGAUAUCUGUGUCUGUGCUGACUUGUAUUGUGUUACGUUAAACAGUAGGCAGAACUGUUGAGGGCUCAAAUUUGCACUCUUGGCCAUAGUACUAAAAAUGAAACCUGAGAUUGACCCAAGCACCUAUCUGAGAUUGGUAUAUAAUAUUUCUAUAAUGAUAUAUUAUUUUAUAGUAGAUAUUACAAUAGCAUCUGACUUUGAGUCACAGAAACCUUAAACUGAGGAGACUAUAGUUCAGAACCUUUAAGAGCCAUUCUAAAAAUGAUGAGCAGGAGGGAUCUAGUAGUGAAUAAUAUGUUCAUUGAUAUCUUCAUAGCAAUUUUAAGAGAAAAUUACUCUUUCGUCCAGAAGAUCUCUGCAGAACCAGGGCUCCCAUUUCCCUUUGUGCUAUCUCUUUGUAGUGUUUUCAUUUGAGAGAGGAGGCUGAGCUUCCAGAGCUCUGCUUUUAUUUAUUUUUAUACACAUUGUCUCUCUGUGUCUGCUUGUGGAUAAUUGAUAUUUUUAAGAGAAAUUAUUUGUGGUUGUUCAGUGGCAUACAACUGACAGGCAUUUCACUAAGCAUAUAGACCAGACUUUGUGAAUAGUUCAAAUAUUUUUUAAUUAUAAAGAACGGUAUGGCAGAUGGACUUUUCCCUGAGUCAGUUUUUCUGUGAGAGAUAGAGGUACGUAUCUUCUGAUGAGGUGCUGUGGAAUGCAGUGUGGGGAGCCACCUACAUCUGGCUAGUGCUUACAUUUGCUCAAAAAGCAUGUUGUAUGAAGCUGAUCCCCGCCAUACUAACGCAGACUUGUAAUAAGUGUCAGUUGAUCCAGUGGCUCAUAAGAGUGAACAGCUUUAUGGAAUCAAGUAUGUCCCUGAGUAGCAAGAUUAGGCUUCACCAAAGAAAGAAGAAAUUAACCUGCACUUUCAGAAAAUGUCAUGUAUGUAUAGGAAUGAAACAUUGAGAUCCCACUUUAUUCUGUCUUUAGUACAUGGUUUGGCUUCUUUUGGGGAUGAAUAGAAAUAUAUUUUUGCUAGUUCUAGGCUUGAGUCAUGAGUUCCGUGGCUUUCUUAGUAUUCCAAAGCAGUCAACAGUGAUUUCUUAAGCAAUUUGAUCUGUACCUUUACUUGUAAAAGGUAUGCUACGUAAUUCAGCACCUACCAACUUGUGUAGCUGCUGAAUAACCAAGUGACUGUCCAGUCAAGUAAAUACAGUUUACUUACAUACUUGUACAGUUUCAUAAAACAAUUCCCCUGAGUGACGUAAGAACAUAAAAUAUUAAUAUCACUAACAUAGCCUGUUGAAUCUUUUGUGGAGACAGGUGCAAGUCAGAAUAUUGACAAGAAAGAACUUGAAUUUGCUAAGACUUCCUAAAUUUGAAAGCUCUAGUUUUGCUUAGUGUGAUUAAGCAAGUGAAAGUCUGUUGCCCUCCACCAUUUAUUUUUACAGUGCUUCUUUGUAAUUUUUUUCAUCAGUUCCUCAAGUGUUGUUUGGAGGAAACGAAGUUCUUGACCUCAAUAAUUUUAUUUUUGUUUUUCCCUAAUUGCUUCCCUACUAGUUUUUUGGAAAACAUGUUUGUUUUAAUUUCAUCUUUCCUUGCUUUAUUUAGGUUCAAUUUCCCCCUCUUCAUUUCUGGAAUUUUUUGCGCACCACCAUGCUUAAAUGGGGUUAAAUCAUGGCAAGCCAUUUUCUCUUGCCAAAGUGAGAUAGAUAUACUGAAGAGGUAAUUGAAAGUCAGACUCUUUACUGUGGGGCUUUAAUGGGAACACUGCUGGAAGUGAUUGCGAAGAAUGUAGUGCUUCAUAUAUCCAAGACCGAGAUUGGCAUGUUGCUCACAACAUGUCACAGUUUAGUAAGGAGCUACCUGUAUUUCCAAGAAUUCCAGCAUAUCUUAUAAUUUAAAUAAUCGAAUUUGGUAUUUAGGUACACUGUUUAUAUAGCCAAGUGUGUAUGCUUUACUAGCUAACAAUUAUUUCAUUCUAGCUUAGGCAAAUCCCUAAUUGAAACACCUAGCUAAUGCUUUAGACACAUGAAUUAAGUGGGAUACAAUUUGUUCAUUUGUAUUAUCUCCAGCUUCAACCUCAUUCUUCCUUUUUCCUAGUAUAAUACAUUCUUUUCAACCAGAAAUUAAACUAGAUAUCUAACAUUAUUUUCAGUGCUUGUACUUCAUGAGAAAUGAUCUGAUUUUCAAGACACUUAAGUGCAUUUGCAUCUUAUUUUGGUAAUAGCAGAGACCUCAUGUGGCCAGUUUGAUUGAUUCAAGCAAAGGAAUUCAAACUUGAAUGCCUACCUCUGUGCUAAAGCUGACAGACAGUAUUAACUUUUAUCAAGGCCAUGUUUUAGACUUGGUUUUCAUUUAUACAAAAGCUGACCUGUCCAUGUCUAAUAAGCAAAAACUGAUAGAAGACAUUAUAAAAUCACUGGUUUAUCAUAGAAAGGUUUGUUGGGUUUAGAGCUCAGUGAUUUAAGCUUGUAAAACUGCAUUCUCGGGCAAAAUAUGUAUAUUGUAUAUAAAUGGUUGGGAGCUUACCAUUACAGUUGAUCUCUUCACAUCUGCCUUAAAAAUGCUAUGUAGGCUGGGCUUAGUAGCUCACACCUCUAAUCCCAGCACUUUGGGAGGUGGAAGCGGACAGAUCAUCUGAGGUCAGGAGUUUGAGACCAGCCUGACCAACAUGGAGAAAUCCCAUCUCUGCUAAAAAAAAAAAAUGCUAUGUAGAGAUACAUUAACAGCGUUAAAAUAAAACAUUUAAUAAAACAGUGUUUUAAAAUCUAACCUAUAAACAAAAACUAGUUUGAGGCACCCAAGCAUUUAAUGAGAGAUUGAGAAUGAUGCUUAAUGGAUCAAAAAAGCACUUAGGAGUAUGUUCCUGAUUUUAUUCUCUAAAUUAUACUUAAUUUCAUGGUAAUUACAUGAAGAAGUUACCUAUAAUUAUUCUUAACACAACAUGGAAUUCCCUGGGUAAUUGUCAGUCAUUUAUUUCCUGAAAGUUAUGUGAAAUCCUUAGCUGGUUGAACGUUGCACAGUACUUGAGAAUUACAGUUUAAAGUGAUUUCUGUGGGAAGGAACCAUUACAAUGUAUACUCUAAAUAAAGUCAUCUAACUGUUAAAGAAAAGAAAAAAAGAUACUCUUCCAAAUCCUUCUUCUAAAAAUCCACAUUCAUCCACAAUCUCAUCCCUUUGCAGAAAUUAUUGCCUAAAUUCUCACCAAGUUUUGAAUUCCUAAAAUAGACCCGGAACUGGGAUUUGAAGGCUCCCCCAGAAAAAGUUUAUGGCCGGAGGAGUAUCAUAGAGGGUCUGCAUAUGACAGUACUUACAGAUUAGAUUUUUGGAUGCUUUAACACAAAAAUUUUUGUUAUCCUUAUUGGCAAAAAACACUAUUAUUUUGUGGUUCUGGACUCUGGCUUCUAUCUCCCUGUGAUUUAAUGCUGAAAUGACUUGGCUAUCCAGAAUGUCUAGUCUAGAGGUCUGUUGGUUGAAGGUAGAAGUUUCCAAGGUUGUCGAAAUAAUAUGAAGCUGACUAGCUCACAUGAAUGAUGUUGCCCUCAUUUGUUUUGGGUGAGGACUCAUUGCUGCAGUAUAUUGAUUUCUUCACCAAAUGAUUUUUCUUUUUCUCAAUAAAAGCUGUCUUAGAGGUUCUACUUAUACAUGAUUUUUAAAACAUUGAUUUCCUUCUAUCCACCAACUACUGUGAAUUGUUUUUUCAUUUAUUUUUCUUAGCAAAUGUAACUUUAUUCUUGACUUUGUUUAGCCCUAGAUUUUCUGUGGCAUUCUGUAGGAGCAUUGUAUUGCUUGGAGGAAAAAAAAAAAAAAGAUCAAAAUCAUUCUGAGGCAAAAUGCUCUGUUAUCCUUAUUUAUGACAAGAGAAUAAUGAAAUUUAAAAUUGUAUAUGAAGGAAUUAAUAACAUUCAGAUAUUGCUGUAAAAUACUUGUCAUUUUUAUUUGGGGAUAGUACUAAUGAGUGUGGCAACUAUAAUGGAGAAAUGUGUUGGCCUCUUUUCAUGGCAUUAGAAACUCUUGUCAUAGAACUCUUGGUAAAGUACAAGUUUCAUAGCAGAGCUCCUGAAUUCAGUAUAUCAUCAGGAUUUCCAUUUACCUUUUGUCUUUUUUUUAUUGUAUUUUUUAGCCUUUUUGUUUCUGUUCCUACCUUCCAUGAGUAGCAUUGAUUUUUCAGCUGAAGUUGGAAUUUGUGUUAAGAAUUGACUUUAAAUUUCUGAUAUAGUUGAAUAUUAGAAAUGGCUUCAAUUGCCAUGAAAUGAUUGCUUUUCUUUUUUCUUUCUUAAAUAAAAAUAAUACAGCCUUAUAAAUGUCUCUUUCCCUCAAGAAUGUGAAUUUAGGCUGGGCAUAGUGACUCAUGCCUGUAAUCCCAGACCUUUGGGAAGCUGACACAGGAGGAUUUCUUGAGCCCAGGAAUUUGAGAUCAGCCGGGGAGCACAGCAAGACCUCAUCUUUACUUUAAAAAAAAAAAUUUUUUUUAGACAGGUGUGGUGGUACAUGCAAGUAGUCCCAGCUACUUGGGAGGCUGAGGUGGGAGGAUCGCUUGAACCCAGGAGUUUGAGGCUGCAGUGAGCUAUGAUUGCAAUGCUGCAUCUAGACUGGGCAACAGAACAGAGCAAGACCCUGUCUCAAAAAAAAAAAAAAAAGUGAAUUUAGCUCCAAUUCCAAAUGAUUAACUCUUAUGCCAGUCAUAGCCAGUGAAACCAUCCGAUGGUAGCUUCGGUGGCCCUUAACCUAAGGAGUCAUUAGAGGUUAGAGUAAAUUAGAUUAUCUAAUAGUGCAGAGAGAAAUGCCAUUAUGGGAAAUGAUCACUGUCUGCCUUUUUCAAUAAAGUUUUAGAUUGUGAACUGGAUCCUGCUUCACAGCUAAAAGACACAAAAUGAAAGGGUAGUUCUAGUUUAUCUUCUUAAUUGGAGUAAGAGUUGCAAUAUGCUGUCUGUCCCUAAACACUGCUGAGCUUGCUGGAAAACAGAAAAGCUGAACGUGGUUGUUACCUGAAAGCUGUAGAGUCAACAACAAAAAAGGGGAAAUGUUUUUGGUAGGGAAUUGGACCAGUUCUAAGAUAUCACUUAUAAUUAUAAAAAUAACGUCUUCCUUUUUAUCUACUUUUCAAACAGUCUCAGUGAACUAUUCAACAUUUGUGUGCAGUGUCCUGUUUUGCUUAUCUAAGGCAUUUUGACUUGGAAUUAUUAAACUUCAGGAACGAGCUAGAGAAGAGAAUGAGGGUAUGUUAGAGAAGGAAAAAUAGGAGCUUUUUGCUCAUGGACUUUAGAGGUUCACAAAUUGAAAGGAAAAAGAAAAUCCUUCAUUUCUAACCCUAAAAUAAUUUUGUUAAUGAGGUGCUGGAAAGAAGACUAUCAAAAGGGCUCAAAGCUCAUGCUUCUAGAGUAAUCAGUAAUUCUGAAUAGUCUUUGGGAAAUAGCCAAAGACUAUUACCUUUCUUCCCUUCUCCCAAAUAACUGUUUGAGAACUUAAAACAGAAAAUCCAGUGUUAAUGGGCUCUAGAUCUUAAGCUACGUGAGCAGUUUCUUACAUACGGCCAGUUUUCUUGAUAAGGAUCCAGGAGGAAAACCAGCAAUAAAACAUUUCAACAUGCAAUUUAGGGGUUCCCUUGCUUAUUCACUGAGUUUAAGCUCUUGCUGCAACAUGGCUCUGUACCAUCUGGGAUACUAGCAAUCACAGCAGUUAGCUCAGAUAUCUGAGCUGUCUGCCACACACAUACCAGCCUGAGGAGAUCAUCAUUCUUCAGUUUCAUUCAUUACUUAAUGAAUGCCAAAUUAAUUGGCAGGAAGAAGAAACACUCUGUGUGCUAUACUAAACAAGCCUGUGUGCAUGAUUAAGGAGUCACUCAAAAAGCUAAUUUUGAGCUUUAUUUCUCCUUUGUUAACAAAUCUCAAGAAAGCCUUUGUUACAGUUUAGCUCAUGUCAUUUGGUUGGUUUUAUUUUCUAGCCCUUUAACAUAGGAGAAAAUUGUCAUUUCAUGUAUAACUUGUAACACAUACAGAAUUGAACUGAUUAGUUCUCUUGCCUUAAAUUAACUAUAUAUCAUCCCAAGGAUCUCUGUUAAUUCUGCUUUGUCAAGAAAUAAUCAGAUCUGGGUUUGGCAUUAGAAAUAUUUCAUACUUUUGGUUUUUUCUUUAGGCCUCUUCCACAUCUAUAAAGUGAUUGAUUAAGUUAGAGGAGGUAUAUAGAAUAAGUUCCAAUCCCAUUGCAGCUGGCAGAGCAACAAAUGAGAGAAUCUUUCACCAUGAGAGCCAUGCCAUCGGGUGUUUUCUUGAGUAACCAAGUUAUAAGAUAAAUAAUACCAAGUAGUUAUCAACUCACUCCCAAAUUUAAUAAUAAGAUAACAAAGUCCGAAAGGUUACUUACGAGUUGUCUUCCAUGGGGGAAGAUAAAUUUAUUAAAAUGUCAUGUACUGAUCUUCUUGGGAUUUUUUGUUUUCCUUUCCCAGAAAAAGGAUUUUGGUGACUAAUCAAUUGUAAACACUUUGCUUCCUUACUUACAAACCAUCCAUUUAGAAAAAUCAAAGUGGACUUCCUUUCCUAAGCAUUACAAUUAGUCUGGGCAAGAGAUGUUAUGAUUGUCAUUCUUUAAGCCAGCUUAUAUUUUGGAUUUGUGUGAAAUGUCUUUUGAAAUUAGAUAAUAUAGUAUUAAUUAUCUAUUGUGUAUAGUCUUCUGCAUAAUUUAGAGUUGCAAAAUAAUGCAACUUUUCUGUAAACAAUUCUUUAUCCAUACAUAUUUUAUAAAUAUACAUAUACAUACACAUACAUUUUUAAAAAUUUUCCUUUUAAAGAGAUUUCUUGCCUUGCUCCCACUCCAAAAGCUAUGUACAGUUCAGUCAUUAGCCUCAGAGGAAGAAUACAGGAAAGCAAAGAUGAAGCCCUCCUUUUCUUGUGUUGGUCUUGGGAACAAACAGUACUCCAUCUUUCAAAAACGGUGUAUUUGUAAACAGUUUGGGAAAGAUGUUAGAAUUUUUUUAAAGUCAGCUCUUUUAUAAAUUGGAAAUACUCAGUAGUCAGAAAUAAGAUCCCUUCUGAUAGAGAUAGAUCCUCAAAACCCAAGUUGGACUGAAAAUUAGAUUGAGAAAGAUACAACUUCAUCCGUAGCCAAUAAAAUCUGUCUUUCCAAGUCUGCUUAUUAAUGCUGUGUGACUCUCUGCUUCUCCUUUUGAAAACAUCUCCUGGACUGGAAAUGUGGUGUGGUAGCAACCAGCUUAGCUGAAAAUUGGAGAAUGUUAAGUAGCUUUUAUGGGACUUAUGAUAAAAUGUAUUGAUGUUAGUGAUUAUCAAAAUAGGUUUAUCGUUAUAAACUAGGAAAUUACUAACUUAUACUUAACAUAGAAGAAAAACCAGUAUUAAGUGAUAAGACUUCUUCAUUUUAUUUGCUCUGCCUUAUUUCCAUUACCAAACAUAGUAAAGGCCAGAAAAGAUUUAAAAACAACAACAACAACAACAACAACACACACACACACACAACCAUUCCUUUUUUUUUAAACCACAUGGAGAAAGGACCAGGCCAGAAGCAUAUGUUCCCACCCUUACUUAUAUUCCUUUGAGCAUUGCCCUUUUCUAGACAGACAAUCUGAAAACAAUUGUGUUGAUAGGUCUCUUUAAGCCUGAACUCUGGGUGUAAGAGGUUAUCCAGAAGCUUUAGGGAGCUGCCUUGCUUAGGUCAUUGGAAGUUUCGUCCCUAAGACUCAUCUGAAUUCCUAAGUCCUUUAUGUACCAUUAUGGGCAUAUGGAGCAUAUUCAUAUUAUGAGGAGGAGUCUUUAUGAUGAACUUUUUAAUAUGGCCAUAAUUAAACUCACAUUCAAAAAGGAUGAGCUACUUGUCAGAAGCCAAAAGAAAAACAGACACAAUGAACAUGAAGCAAGGAGUCCAUAAAACAAGAGUUCUUUACCAUGUUUAAGUAAAUGUCUCUCAAAAAAUUGUAUUUCUCUACACAUUAGCUGAGAUUCACACAUGUUGCACCUCAGUAUUUCAGAUGAGACUCAAUGUGUGGAGGAGAAAACUGCAAACUUGUUGCGUUCUGGUCUUUCACACCGUCUUCUGUGGCAAUGUGAGGUCAGGAUUGUUUCCUAAAGUAUCUACAUCGUCUUAAAUGGAAAUCAUGGGACUCUAGAAAGCUGGCAUGAGCUGGUUGGAGCUUUUAAACAGAAGUGCUUUAUGGGUAUCAGAUCUCUUCUGACAUCAAUUGUUUCAAAUCAUUGUUGGGCUCUGUCAUGUUCUGCAGUCUUCCCCAUACCCCUCAUGAUCCUCUCUGGUUUAUCUUUUAUCCAAUCUUUAUGGAUUUCUUAGUAUUUUUUUAGUAUAAAUAAUUUUCGGAUCCCAGCUUUGGUAAAUGUGUUAACUCUACUUUGUGAAUAAAUAAAUGAGUGAUCUGCUGAACGAUUGCAAUUGUAGAAUUAUGUUGUAUGUAAUGUACAUAUGGAGAAAGAAUGUAUUUUCAUUUUCUUAAUAAAAAGUUAUAUAUGGAUGCUA